GUUUUCCUUUUCGAUGAAAUGAAGAAGGCCGAGAUGUCUUUUCCCUUCUGAUGAUUUUGCAGGCAAACAUGGUCUGGAACGAAGGGGCGUAGUUAAUUAGCCUGAGUUACCUGACAUGCCGAUACUUCUUCCGUCGAGCGAAUAUAAAAAGAAAAAGACAUUAGAUCGAUAACAAGUUCUGAAAAGGAUCAGAAAGGUUAGAGAAGAGGAGAGAUCACCGUGGGGAAAUACGGCUGAUCCGUCGUCGUCGAAUAAACAAUUGCUACUAUUGGAUUCUCGGAGAAAUACGGCUCUGAUCUUUUGAAUAAGUAGUUUUGCUUCUCUUGGGUACGUUCUAAACAAACUUAAUCUAAUUAAUUUAUUCAAAGGAUCAGCCAGCCGUCGGAAAAUUUUCCCCAUGGUCCGGUGCAUCUCUCUCCUUGCACUAUAAAUAUCUCUCCUUUUUUUUCCACUAGUAACAUAACAAUUAUAACAGUCGAUGCAUAGAAUAACACAAGGAAAUUAAACCAGCCAGCAAUGACGCGAGUAGUUCUUCUUCUUCUGCCGGCAACGGUAUUCAUAACAUCCCUUGUCAUUACAAUUCUGCCGCCGGCCGCCGCGGAUUGUGGCUGUGCCCCUUACCGUACCUGCAGUGACUGUGACGGCGGCAAGAUGACUGGACCCUGUUGUAAUGCAUAUGGUGCGUGCGGAUAUGGCGGGGGUUACUGUGAGCCUUGUUAUUGUGACCUGGAUCGUUGCGAUGAUUGUUUUUGCUUUGGAACAUGCGCUUCCCACAAUAUCAGAGUUACUAAUUACGACGACCACCAUCGCAACCAUAACAGCAGCAGCAGAAACGUUAAUAAUAACGUUUCUACUGCUGCUGCUCCCGCUCCAAGUUGGCACCUAAUGGAGAAUAUAUCAUCAUCAUCAUCGGUUACUAGCCCUAGCCCGAGCAAUGCCUAGAGGUAAUUAACAACAAAUUUUGUGUGCUACUUACUGAUCACAUCUUUGCUUUGUGCGCUGAUAUACGUGUACAUGGAUCUCUUUGAGCGUGGUUUGCAGGUGACGAAUCUUGAAAAUCGCAAGCACGCAAUAUUGGCGAGUGUUACCGGUCAUAAACAAUAUUAUCAUUUUGCAGCAACGUAACACAAGUUAGGAUGUUGGAUCACGAUGUUUUUCAACAGCUCGUGGGAACAAGUGGUCAUUGAGAUAUCCAUGUACACAGGAUAUAGAAUCUGUAUCUUUAAUGUUUCCAACUUUAAUUUAGAGUGACAUAUAUUAGAGAAAAAGAAUAAAAAUUCUUUUUACUU